AUGGAUUCGAAUGCCCGAGACGGAUCCGUUAACGAUGCCGAGAGGGAGGUUUUGGAGCUGGAGGCGCGCCUAGAUGCUGCCAGAGAGAAGUUAAAGAAUCUCAAUGGGCACACAAAGUGUUGCGAAUCCCUCCCGUCUCGAGGUGUACCCAAGCCUUCAUCUUCACCUGCCUUGUCCAACCACUAUCUUCUCUUGCUCUCAGACUCCGCCUUGCCGCUGGGAUCAUUCGCCUUCAGCAGCGGUCUCGAGUCCUACCUGGCGCACACCAGGGGCCGCUCGUCCUUCAACGUCUUCCUCCCCGAGUCCAUCUCAGCUUACGCCUCGACGACCCUGCCCUUUGUCCUCGCAGCGCACCGCGACACGGGCGCUAUCGCCGAGCUGGACGACUAUCUUGACGCGGCCAUCAUCUGCACCGUCGGCCGCCGCGCCUCGAUUGCCCAGGGCCGCGCCCUCCUGUCCAUCUGGGAGCGCUCCUUCGCGUCGUCUCUCCCGGCUCACGCCGUUGCAACCCUUCAGCCGUACACGGCCAUGUUGAAGGCCGCCACGUCUUCACGGAUUUCAUCGACCACGGACGACUCGGCCGAGCCGCCGCUGGUGUUUGCCCAUCUGGCUCCCCUUUUCGGCGCAAUCUCGAACCUGGUGGGGCUGAGCUUGCAGCAGACGGCCUACAUCUUCAUGAUGGGACACGUCAAGGCACUAAUCUCGGCGGCCGUGAGAGCCAGCAUGUUCGGGCCGUACCAGGCGCAAAAAGUACUCGCGAGCACGCAGGUCCAGGAACUGAUCACGGCCGCCAUCGACAGAGAAUGGAACACGCCCAUCGAGAGGGCCGGGCAGACCAUGCCCGUCAUGGACUUGUGGAUCGGCAGACACGAGGUUCUUUAUUCACGCAUAUUCAACAGUUGA